AAACACACACCCACACACAGAGAAGGGGCAGAGAGAGAGAGAGAGAGAGAAAAAGUGGCCUCAUAGCUGAGAUAAUACUCUUUAAGCUCGAAAGCCCAGAAUUUUAAUCAUCACUUCUUCUCAUCCUUUCCCUCCUCCUCUCUCUAUCUCUCUCUUGAACAUCUUCAUCUGAUCCCCCCCUUUGACCUUCAGCCGAUGCUUAGAUUCAGCUCCUUCCGCAAAGGUUUUGGUUGAAGAUUGCAGGAUUUUGUUUGAGUUCUGACAGUGCGUUAGUUUCUGAAUGUAGAUAUUUUGUUUCAACUUCCAUAAAGAAUGAGCUUAUCCAAGAAAGGAUUACAAACAAGUGAGACGAAGCUAGGUUCCUCGAGUAAAGCCAUCGCAUUGAAUCCUAAUGCGGCAGAGUUUGUUCCUUUCUCUCUUAGAUCACCGUCCUCUGUAAACACCGGUAACACUGAUGCAACGGCAAGGUUUUUGUCUUCUGGGUCUUCGGGUAAACCAGGCAUAAAUAGAUCAGAAUCAUCUGUUUCAAAUAACUCUGAUGAUGAAGCCCACCAGUUUUGGCGUCGCCAGCUCCCUGAUGAUAUUACUCCCGACUUCAAGUUCAUGGGGGAUGAUGAGUCUCAGGGUCUUGGAGGGCUGUCUUUAGCGGGCUUGUCCUUGCAUGAUGAUAGUGAAGCAGCAAGAUUCUCCACUUCUGCAGGCAGUGGAUAUGUUUUGAAUGACCUUCAGGAAUUAGCUCCUCAUCAGCUCAAUGGCCAUAGUUUCACUGAAAAGCUUAGAUUUACUGGUUCUUCCUUGGUAGAUAAUACUCAUUCAGCUGGUUUUCUGUCUAUGCCAACCAAGCCUUGGGACAAGCAAGUUGUUAAUGACGACCAGCUUUUUGGGAGUAGCAGGGAAAUGAAUUCUUAUAAUGGGACUUCCAGGAAUACUUUCAUAAAUGAUGUUUUUGCAGAGCACGGCAUUGUUGAUGAUAUGGAUACAAGUCCUUUAGAUUUUUUGGCUUUGCAUUUUCCUGGUUUUGCUGCUGAUAGUCUUGCCGAAGUGUACUAUGCCAAUGGAUGUGAUCUGAGCAUGACCAUUGAAAUGCUCACUCAGCUUGAGCUUCAAAUUGAUGGUGCUUUUACUCCAAACUUGAACUCAAAGACCUUAUCGGCUCCAAAUCUUAGUGCAAUCGACUUCCCUGCACUUUCCUUGUCAGAAAGUCAGAGUGUUCAACAAAAAUAUGCUGGAGAUGAUGUCCAUCAGAAUAGCAUGCCUUAUCGAUCUACUGACAAGGACAACCUUCUUCUGUUCAAGUCCAGUUCUUCCUUUCCAUCUAGAGGUGCCAUUGAUUUUGCUUCAGCAGUCAAGAAAAUGCCAUCUCAAGAUUCCAAUAUUUGGAAAUAUGAUAGGAAUGGUUCAGCCAAUUCCAACAUUGGUUCCAGUAGAAAUUCCCAAGGGUUGGCUGGUGCUUAUAAUAGUGGGCAUGGAAGAGGCAUCUAUGGUGACAGGUUGCAGAGUCGUGCUUCUGCCCGGUCAUCUCCUGUGUGGCUUGAAACUGGAGAGGCAGUGGCUAAUAUGUAUUCUGAACUACGGGAAGAAGCUCGUGACCAUGCACGAUUACGCAAUGUGUACCUCGAACAGGCUCGACGAGCAUACCUCGUUGGUAAUAAAGCACUUGCGAAAGAGCUUAGUGUGAAAGGGCAAUUACAUGGCAUGCAUAUGAAGGCAGCUCAUGGAAAAGCUCAGGAGUCGAUUUACCGUCAGAGGAAUCCCGUUCCCAUGGAGCUGCAGGGUGAUGGGAGAGGGAAGGAGCGAAUGAUAGAUCUACAUGGUCUUCAUGUGACUGAAGCCAUUCAUAUGCUGAAGAAUGAGUUAAGCAUGUUGAGAACUGCAGCUCGGGCAGCAGAUCAGCGAUUGCAGGUUUAUAUCUGCGUCGGGACGGGUCACCACACUCGCGGAUCCCGCACUCCCGCCCGACUCCCGGUGGCUGUGCAGCGUUAUCUUCUUGAAGAAGAGGGCCUCGAGUAUAGCGAGCCACAAGCAGGGCUGCUUCGCGUGGUGAUAUACUGAGCACCUAGAGUGAGAGGUAUAAGGAGGUUUUCUGACAUGGCGAAAGCCAUCAAAGUCGAUAGUCAUUGUAGUCAUUCUUGUAUCUGUAAAUGAGAUGGAAGAGAAUGUAGUCAAGUUGGAAAAAAGUGGGGGGAAAACAAAAAGGUAAAAAAAAAAAAAGGAAACACGACGAACUUAAGUAAAGACAACAACAAAAAAAGCUGGAAGGAAGGAGAAAAAAAAGGUGAAAAAAAAGGAGCUGUAUGUAGGCAGGUUGCAAGGAUGUUGCAUUUUGGUAGCUGGCAGGAAGACUAGGAUCAGCCGGUCUUUAGCAACUCUUUUUUUUUUUUUUUUGGGUGGGGGGGUUAACUUUGUACCUUUAUUGUAUUUCUUUCUUUGUAUUCCUUUUUUUUUUCUUUAUUCUCAGAUGUAACUGAUAGAAUUUGAUUUACGAGAUACCUGGAGCUUCCCAAAA